AUGGAAGAAUUAUAUGAUCUCGGAGUAAGAAAAGGGGAUUUAGUUAUUGGUGGCUGGUACCAAGACUUGCCUAGUUUCAUGCUAAUAAAUGAUACUAAUUUGUAUAAAAGAUUGGAAGUUGGAAUUCCAAUAUUUACUCUUGUGGGUGAAUUUUGAUCGGGAAAUCUAGGUCAAGAUGCCUUACGCAGAAUACUCUCUGAUUAUCACUCAGAGCCAAGCGCUUUUUCUUGCUUCUAUUCCGAUGCUGCUUAUCUAGUUGCUAGUGCUUUGGAUUAUAUGAUAAAUAGAGGGCAUGAUUAUAAUGAUCCACAAAAACUAAUGGCAGCUAUAAGAACUACUCAAUUUUACGGUUGCACUGGUAGUGUGAGCAUUGAGAAAGGAACUAACGACAGAAUUGUAGAUAGAAUGAUUAUUGAAGGUCUUAAACUCAAUUUAGAUGGAACUGCUUCAAUUUAUACAAUUGACAAUUUUAGACCUUUCAGCUCUCAAGUAAUCUCUAUUAUAAAUCCUAUAAUAUAUGCCGAUGGUUCCACUGAAAAGCCUAGUGAAUAUAGAGAUAUAAACAAUAGAUGCCCAUUUCCUAGCAAAAAAAUGAAAACUUUUCAGAAAGGAAGAGGGCUUUUAUUUGGAAUUUGUUUCGCUUCAGCUUUAAUUAUGAUUGCUAUUACAUUCUAUAUUUGGAGGAAAUGAUGAAAUAUCUCUGUUGAGCCACUACACCAAAAAGAAGAAAUAUCAAUUCAAGACGCCAUUAUCGCUGCCAGUAUUGGAAUUGAGUUCUUUCAGUAUGCGUCGAUGGGGCCAGACUUUAAGCUGAUAAGCCCUUUGCUUUCAGAGCUCAGCGGAUUAGUUUCAUUGAACUUGGAAGAUGUAAUAAAGCUGGAAAACGGAGUCUUUUGGGUUGUAGUAGAUGUAGUGUAUGGAGGAAUAGGACUCUGAAUUUUACUUUGUCUUGUUAUUCUGCUGCAGCUAGAUGAGAAAUUUCCAUAUAUUUCGUUGUUCAGAUUCUUGAGAUGGGUUUCGGAUUUUUUGAUGCCUAUUUUAGGAAAUCUUUGCUUUAUUCCGUUUAUUUCAAUUUGCUUAGAUAUUUUUCAAUGCGAUACAUCUAUAGGUGAGAAUUUUACUGAUAGUAUCCUCGCAAAAGAUUGCUAUUAUUUCUGUUGGAAAGGUGAGCAUUUAGUAUAUGCAAUUAUCUCAUUUUUUGCAUUAUUAUUUUAUGAGCCUCUUGCUAUUUUUUGUAGGCCGCUUUGACAAGAAUUGCAGCCUACAUUGCAUGUAAAAACUGUGCCGUUGUUUCUGAUGGUUAAAACAGUAGUACAAACCACAUUAAUUGUCUUAAAUGAAACAGUAAAAAGAUCUAGCGAUAUCGCUCAUGGACUGAUAUUUAUAAUAUUUAUGAUUUUUUAUGCAGUAUUUACUUUCAAAUUCAAGCCUUACAAUUAUUCAAGAUUUAGCUGAUGGCAAGGUUUAAGCAUAAUUGGAGUUAUUUGACUCGCCAUGAUAUCAAUGUCUGGGUACAUUAAAAAUGAUCAGAAUUUAUAUAUUUCAUUGUUUGCAGUCCUGCUUUCUGGCUGGUGUGCUAUUAUAAUUAUCGGCUUAUAUAUCCAAGCUAAAAAGUAUCCCAGCUUGCUUUUUAGGAAAAAAGGAUACGAUCCAAGCACUUUAUUUAAAUUUGCUUUUACCUUUGGCAAAAGCUCAAGAAUAUCUCUAGAAAAAUUGCAGCAAGCAAGCGGUAAAAGUAUCACUUUUUAA